CCUGUGAGUGUGUGUGUGUGCGUGUGUGUUACUGUGUGUAGACGGGGGAGGGACCGUGCGGCUUCAGGUCCCUCCCUGAUUGGUCAGAGCUGGUUGCCGUGGUGUCUGGGCUGAGGCGAAGGGGGGGCGGGGUAUAAAAGCCUUCAAGAGGCUGCUUCAGCAACACUGAACAGGAGACUUGAAGACGCGAGAGGAGAGAGUGAGACCAACGUAGAGAGGGAAAGCAAGGAAGACAUUGAAAGAGAGAGAGAGCUGCAGAACAAUUCCGCGUCGCAUUCCGCUCCUGUCAGCUCUGUCUGUCUGCAGUCUCUCUGGAAUGUUCUUUCGCUUUGCGCGGACAAUCUCCCUCUGCAGACGUCGCUUGGUUUUUAUGUCAUUUUUUCCUGCCCGCUGCUUCGCCUCUCGUCUCCUGAAGUGUGUUAUUCGGAGCCAUCUCGUCUCGUCUCGUCUGGUCUAGCUGCUGCCCCUGUGGAACACUACGCCGGCUCGUCACACCACUCCCUCCCUGGUCUGACCUAGUUCUGAAGGGAGGACGGAACACAGAACACAGAACACGGAACACAGACAAUAGGCAGGCAGUGUUUCGCUGUGAAUCGCCGCUCAGUUGGUCGGUCGUAACGUUGCGCCAGGCGAGGGGAUUUUGACAGGACUGCCUGCACUGAACUGAAAAAAAAGGAACUGCUCAGAGAGAAGAAGGGAGAAGGUUGCUCCAGAAAAGAGGCUUUAUAUAUAUAUGAACAGGACUGCUGAAAAGGAAAUAACAAGAAAAGCAAGGUAAGGAGAAAGGAGGCCAUUCAAGAAAAGUGUGAAGUUGAUGUGAAUCCAGACUAAAGAGACUGAACCAAGACACAGAGAGAGAGAGAGAAAUACAAGAUACAAUACAAGAUCUUCCUUCUGCAAGACAGACGGAGAGAGCCACCCUCUCUCACCUCAAGAGAGUGCAGUGACAUAACGAGAGAGAGACGGACAGACAGAGCCUUUUUUCACCUCGACAGUGCACAGACAGAAAGAGACUCGCACCCUCUCUCUCCAUCGCUUUUCGUCGCUCGUUAGAGCGUCAUCCCCAUCCUCGUCAUCAUCAUCAUCGUCGUUGUCGUCAUCGUAUUCUGUCGCGGGUCGACACCCGGUGUCCUCUCUCACCCUGGGGAAAGCAAGCCGCCCCACCUCUUUCACCCUGGGGAAGGCAGGCCGCCCCGCUGUCCGCCCCCGGCCCGGCUGCCCGCUGCGAACCAUCCACAACCUGCUGUUGCGCAAGAUCGGCAUCCGACCGCACCAGCACCAUAAUCACCAUAACAACAGCAACAGCAACUGCAACAGCCUCAACACCACAGCCGCUGCUGCUGCUUCCGCUUCCUGUGCCGGCGACAUCACUUCCUCCUCUCCCAUCAUGCACCUGAAGAGCAUGAAGUGCAACCCCUUCUGCCUCAUCGCCUCGCUCGAGGACCCGGACAUGUUUAACCAGCCGCAGGUUCGGGCGAGUUUUGAGGAGUUGUUCCGUGCCUACGACCCUGAGGCCUCCUUCCAGUUCUUUAAGAGUUUCCGGCGCGUGCGGGUGAACUUCAGCGACGCGCUGGCAGCGGCCGAGGCCAGAGCAGCCCUGCACAAGACCUCCUUCCAGGGCAAGGAAGUACGACUCUACUUCGCACAGUCUGUCCAUAUAGGAAGUCCUCGCCUGGAGCCCCCUAAGCCUGAUAAGCAGUUCCUGCUGUCUCCGCCCCCCUCUCCUCCGGUCGGCUGGCAGCAAGCUCAGGACGCCACGCCCGUUAUCAACUACGACCUGCUCUGUGCCAUCGCCAAACUCGGGCCAGGUGAUAAGUAUGAGCUCCACACGGCAACCCCCACUACCCCGAGCGUUGUGGUGCACGUGUGCGAGAGCGAGCAGGACAGCUCGGGCGGGGAGGGGGAGGAGGAUGCGGCGGACGGCGCCGCAAGACGCCCGCGCCCCAAAAUCGUCCAGACGCGCCGCCCCGAAUACCCAGACUACCCCGUCACACAGUGAGCAGCCGGCGGCCACGGCAACAGCCAAUGAGAUAUUGCAUCGAGCCGCAACGAUCCAAUCCGAUCUCUCUCUCCCUCUCUCCCUCUCUCUCUGAAUUUGCCACAACGAGGGAGGGGUGGGGCAGGGGGGUUGAGGAGAGGGGACUUGAUUGACUGGUGACAAAAAUAGCAUGCAGUUGGUCCUCCCAUCCACCAGAGGGGGAUGAAAGAUCCCCAAAUACUGGAGAGGCCUUCCUUUUGUGUAGAGAGCGAGACACACUGUACAUUAUCACCGUCUACUUGUAAUAGCUAGGAGCAUAGAUGUACAUGUCUAUGGUUAAGGAGAGGGGACGGGACGGGAGUGGCUGUGGGGAGAAUAGAAGAGAAGAG